AUGGAGUUGGUGAAUGGCAGCGAAAGAAAGAGAGAAAGUGGAGAUGCCAACUUCGUGAGGGCUGCUGGAACGUGGGAGGUUGGCGGUCAACAGAGGUGGUGCAAGGUGGCAAACGAAUGGGGUGGCUUCAGUGGCAGAGGAGAAGGGAUGGAGCAGCAGAUUCAAAGAGGGAGAGCUGCUUCGGAUGCUUCAUUGAAUGGAUUCUUUGGUGGUUAUCCAAACAUGAUUGCUGAUGACUUUUCGGAGCAUUCGGACAAACAAUCCAACAAGCGGGCCUGGGGCAACAAUCUGCGUAGCGCGCGAGAAAAAUUUGAGAACCGCAAAGGGAAAAGCUCCUUCCAAGCAAUAUAUCUCUAUCAAAUUGGAAUCUUUUUCGACGCUGAAAAGCUCCCCUUUUUAGUCCUCUCCUUUUUCGCAGUAGUUGUGACCUUCACCGACGAAACUCAGCCAGCAGUGGCGCAAGGCAGUAACAACAGCAACCCAACAACGAUUUCAGUGAACGUCGGGGUGAUUCUUGAUCUGGAGACGGAGGUGGGUCAGAUGGGAUUGACCUGCAUUAACAUGUCUCUCUCUGACUUUUAUAGUUCAAACCCUUCCUACAAGACUAGGCUCGUCCUCAACGUUAGAGACUCCAAACGAGAUGAGGUUGCCGCUGCUGCUGGAGCACUUGAUCUGAUAAAGAACAAGCAAGUCCAAGCCAUAAUAGGUCCUCAAGGUUCAGCGCAAGCAGACUUCCUCAUUCACCUUGGAAACAAAUUACAUGUGCCAAUCAUCUCUUUUUCUGCUACUAGUCCCUCCCUCAGUUCCAUUCGGAGUCCAUACUUCAUUCGAGCUGCGCAAAAUGACUCGUCCCAAGUGAAUGCCAUAAGUGCAGUCGUGAAAGCUUUUGGCUGGAGAGAAGCAGUCCUCGUAUACAUUGACAAUGAGUUCGCAGAAGGCAUCAUACCUUCUCUUACAGAUGCUUUGGAAAAGGUCAACACGCGAGUGCACUAUAGGAGCCUCAUUCAUCCUUUGGCCACAGACGAUCAAAUCCUACGAGAACUCUACAAGUUAAUGACGAUGCAAACGCGGGUCUUCAUUGUUCACAUGUUACCUACCCUCGGUUAUCGUCUUUUUGCCAAAGUAAAAGAGGUGGGAAUGAUGAGUGAAGGUUAUGUGUGGAUAAUGACUAAUGGAAUCACUGACCUAUGGCGUUCUGUGGAUUCGUCUGUUGUCGCUAAUUCCAUGCAAGGAGUAUUGGGCAUCAAGACUCAUGUUCCGAGCACGCAAAACCAGCACGACUUCAUGCUCCGAUGGAAGAUGAAAUUCCAACAAGACAACCCAUCCAUCCUUAAUCCUAUGUUGAACAUUUUUGGAUAUUGGGCUUAUGACGCUGCUUGGGCUCUGGCAAUGGCUGUCGAGGAAAUGGGUGCGGCGAAUUUUACCUUCCAGACGUUGAAUGCUUCCACAGAUGUGAUAGAUGUGGACACUAUUAGGGUCUCUCGAAAUGGUCAGAAGCUUCUCCAAAAUCUAGCCAAUAUGACAUUCGUGGGCCUCACUGGAUAUUUUAGCCUCGUCAAUGGGCAGCUAGAGUCGUCAGUGUUCCAGAUAGUUAAUAUCAAUGGAAAUGCAGCAAGAGGGAUUGGGUUUUGGACGCUAGAAAAUGGGCUGCUGAGAGAUUUGAAUUCAUUCAACAGAAGCAAAUAUUCCACUUUCAAGAGUAACCUUGGACCAAUAAUAUGGCCCGGCGAUUCAACUUCUAUUCCCAAGGGAUGGGAGAUUCCUGUGAAUGGGAAGAGAUUGAGAAUCUUAGUUCCCGUGAAGGAGGGUUUUAAUCAAUUCGUGAAGGUGACUCGAGAUCCUAGCACGAACACAUCCCUAGUCACCGGAUACUGUAUCGACAUCUUUCAAGCUGUGAUAGAAAAAUUACCUUAUGCUGUGCCUUAUGACUUUUUUCCUUUUGCCUUGCCUAAUGGAAGUAGUGCUGGCAGUUACAAUGAUAUGAUCGAUCAAGUAUUUUACCAGAAUUAUGAUGCAGUGGUGGGUGAUACAACAAUUAUUGCGAACAGAUCAUUGUACGUGGACUUCACUUUACCAUACACUGAAUCGGGAAAUGCGUUGCUCGUGCCAUACAAGGACCACAAGGGCAAAAGUGCCUGGGUUUUCUUGCAGCCACUCACUUGGGACCUUUGGCUAGCAACCGUAUGCUUCUUUGUGUUCAUAGCACUGGUCGUGUGGAUUCUUGAACAUCGGGUCAAUGAAGACUUCAGGGGUCCGGCCAUGCAUCAAGUUUCCACUAGCUUCUGGUUUUCCUUUUCAACCAUUGUCUUCGCACAAACGGACAGAGUAUUUAGCAACCUAGCAAGAUUUGUUGUGAUCAUUUGGGUUUUCGUGGUACUUAUCCUAACGCAAAGUUAUACGGCAAGCUUGAGCUCUCUUUUGGUGGUGCAAAAUAGUCAACCAACUGUGACUGAUCUGAAUCAGCUCCGAAAGAGUGGAGAAAAAGUGGGAUACCAGUAUGGCUCUUUUUGCUAUGGAAUUCUAAAGCAAAUGAACUUUGACGAUUCUAGGCUUAUAUCUUAUAAGUCUGUUGAAGAAUGCCUUGCGCUUCUUUCCAAUGGAAGUGCAAAGGGUGGUAUCGCAGCAGCGUUCGACGGAGUCCUUUCCAUUAAACUUAUACUUUCUCAAUAUUGUAACAAAUAUACCAUGAUCCCGGUAUCUAAAACUGCUGGAUUGGGCUUUGUUUUCCCCAAAGGGUCUCAACUUGUACCGGAUAUUUCACGAGCACUCCUAAACAUAACCGAAGGGCCUAAAAUGACAGAAAUCGAAAACACAUGGUUUACAUCGAAGACCAACUGUCCGAAUUCGACUACCUCGCUUUCUUCCAACAGCUUGGGUUUGGAUAGUUUCUUGGGCCUAUUCUUCAUUGCUGGAGCUGCUGCAGUUUUAGCUCUCCUCAUUUUCAUGGUCACGUUCGUCAAAAGAAACUGGCAUGAAGUAACAGGUUCUUCAAGUUCAUCGUGGGAGAAAAUUGUUGCAUUAGGAAGAAGAUUUUACCAAAGAGACCUCAAUUCCUAUACUUUUAGGAAAGGCAGAUUUAGAGAUAAAAGUAUAGAUGAUGGUGGCAAUGAGAUUGCAGCUGUUGUAACUUUGGAAAACACUCACUUUCCCCCGAGUCCAUCAAGUGACUCCAGCCAAAUCAACGACGUUUUGACCAAUAAGCAAGGCACACCAUCUCCUGAAGUAGGAUUUCCUAAUCCUGUAGACAAAGGCGGCCUCGGGAUAGCGAUAAAUGCGGAGCUUACCAGUCAAAAGUGAAUAAUCUCCCUUGGCAUCAAUUACGAUUGUCAUCGUUCGCUUAUAAAGUACGACUUUCGCUUCAAUUUGUUGGAGGAUGAUGGAGUGGAGUUAAUGAGCCGGCGUGAAACUAAGAGAAUCUCAACUGGGCGUCGGUCAUCUCAAAGUCUCGAUCCUCUGGAAGAGCUUGUUCGUUGUCGUUGUAGUUGUAAUCUGACAUGGUAAUGUCAAGGAUUCCUGACGCAAACACCGAGUAUACUGUUAAGUGUUAAUGAUGAUC